GUACAGUUCAGUGUGUUCACUCCCUUCUCUCAGUUCUCACUUCGGCUUCCUCUUUCGUCUUCCCUAUCUCAAUUCCAAAAUCUCUUCUGAUUCUCUCCAAUCUCCGUCAGUUUCAAUCCUUCAAUCAAACAAUGCCUAUCAACAAGGAAUCUAUUCCUCCACCUGUCAUAGGCAAAAUUGGCCCUUACACUGUUUUCAUGACGCCGCCUUCUACCCCCAAGCCCUCCGACCCCGUUUUCGACUCCCCCAAGAAGAUCUCGCCGCCUCCGGUUCAGCCUCCGCCCCAGGUCUUUCACAAGCCUUCUGUUGAUGCUGGUUCCGUCUCGGGGCUUUUCAAGAAUGCGGUUAAUAAGGUGCAGACUGUGCACUCAAGUUUGGAUGACCAUUUAGCACGCUGGUUUGGCUUGAACCAAUCCAAGUACCAGUGGGCGCUUGAUGAUUAUUAUGAGAGCAAGGGAAUGGAAAAGGGGGAUAUGAAAGCAAAAGAAAUAUCAAGCAAAGUACAGGGUGCAUAACAUGCAUUGGCGGGCCAGUAAUGUCUUUACUUCUGAAUAUUUUUUUCCUUAAAAUAUGUGCCUUCCAUAACCUGCAGUUGGUGCCUGGUGUUGGUGUGCAGGAUUUUCCGAGUGUGGGAUAUGAAAAUUCUCAUUUUGAGUAUACUUAUUGUGCCUUCUUACUUGUGCUGUAGAACAAGAGGGUCUGGCAUGUCUGGGUUUUUUGACCGACUGCUAUUGAUAUGAUUUCUUCGGUUGUUUUCCAACCCCAAAAAGCUGAGUCUGAUCCGUGUAAUCUUAUUAUCAAGUAAUGUCGAAGUCAGAAUUUAUUGUUCUUUUAUCUCACUUAGCAACCUCUAAUCUAAGGUCGAGCUGUGUACCUAGAAAUGUUGCUGUAUUUGUAAUCAUGAGGGAAGAGAAGAAAACCAAUAUUUGCCUUCUAAGGCUGGCAAUAUUAUCUAAUGCAUUUUUUUUAUGUAUGAUUUAUGAUUGCAGAAUAA